AUGGGAACCCCGCUGAAUGGAUUAUCGCAAUCCUCCAACCCAACUCCCUCUACGGCCGUCGCCGCCCAGAUUGCCCUCCACGAGUUCCAUAACAGCAACGGCAAUUCACUGAUCCAGAAUUGUAAUCUUCAGCCGACAUUCUCCCAAUUCGAACCAUCACCUGCCGCCACCGACGAUUCAUUGGACAAGAUUUUCUCCAGCAUUCCCUUAUUUGCGGAGCUUAUACAAUAUCAUUGGGAUCUCACCGACGGUACGCAAGUCGCCGGAGACGAAGGUUUUCCCUUCGAGGGGCCGUACGGCGAGUCGUCCCUCCUCGCACCGUGGUUCCGGCCGCAACCGAUCAUCGGCGAGGGAUCGUUGGAUGGGGAGCAGACGAUGCUUCCGAUCAGUGCGCAGCUGGAGCAACAUCAGUUGCUUCUCUCCGACAUGGUCGGGAGCCACCAGUCGCCGGCAAAUGCCUCCGCCGUUGAGUCGGGUCACUUUCCUCCUCUGCUGGUUUCGCUUGGGGGCCCCUGUCCUGGAGCAGAUUCUGAUUCUACCUUCAAAUCACCCAACUCCACCGGAACUGAAUUUAGAGCGAGCCAACCGCAACAUUUCCAGCUGUCCGAGGGCGCAUUGAUGCCUCGACAGAGCUUCGGAGGUUCCCGGCAGGCGGCGCCCUCUCCCUCGACAUCGGCCAGAGCGAAUAGCGGGGACUUCAGAGUCACUGCUCUGCGGCCGCGCGUCCGCGCCCGCCGCGGCCAGGCUACUGACCCGCACAGCAUCGCCGAGCGGCUUCGCAGAGAGCGAAUUGCAGAAGGGAUGAAGGCUCUCCAGGAACUUGUUCCUAACGCCAACAAGACGGACAAGGCGUCGAUGCUUGAUGAGAUAAUCGAGUACGUGAAAUUCCUGCAAAUGCAACUUAAGGUGUUGAGUAUAAGCCGGCUAGGAGGGGCUGCCGCCGCUUCUCCUCUGAUCGUCGACGUCCCCUCUGAGGGGAGGGGAUCGCCGGCUGCCGCGAGCGAGACCGUAGCUGGGAGGGAGAACCUGGUUGCAAAACUUAUGGACGACGACAUGGGCUCGGCGAAGCAAUAUCUUCAGGGGAAGGGCUUAUUUCUCCUGCCUAUCUCACUCGUCUCCAACAUCUCCGCCGCCACUUCUCCUUCCGCCGCCGAAACGCUCGUUCCCGGGAUCUCGACCGGAGGAGAUGCGCCGCCGUCGUCGCUAUACGGUGCAGUCAGCCGCAGUGGCCCUAUGUAGAUUUUUUUAUCCCCUUUUGCUCCACCACAUUGGGAUCGCAUAUU